AUGUCUGACCGGAUGACGGCAUGGAUAAGCAGCACAAAAACAAAGAAGACAUGGAAACCUGAAAGCAAAGGGGGUGGGAACUCUCCUAAGAGCCUGGAGCUGUCGUACAGACUGCCAAACUACAAACGCCAUGCCGUCAAAGGCUUCGGAACACUUGAGGUAAUUAGCGUCCGACUGGGCUUUGGCUGCGCGCGCAUCUCCGCCUUGGCUCUGGCUCCUCCCCACAGGCAGCUGCAGCAGAGCGGGCUGCGGGCUCCAGGCUUCGGGAGUCGGGACUGGUGCCUCCGCUCUAUCCGCUCUGACCGCUGUUCAUGGAGCUACCUGUCCAGCGCUGGAUGUGUCCCCGCUUUGGAGAAGGACCGCAAGCCGCGACAAGAGCCCUGUGUGCGCUGUAGGAGGAGAGAGGACCGUGCACAGCAGCCUCCGUGUCUUUGUGCGACCCGCCACCGCUGCCUGUUUGUGGGGGCCGCUGCUGGACCAGGAGGGGGUCUCAGUCUCAGUGUUUGGCGUCCAGCUCAGUCCCACACUUCACGCGUGGAUCCGUAUUUUAGAAGAGCGGCUUUAAACCACUAUGAGAAGAUGAGCGGUGAUGCAAACUGGAGGACCACUGAUCGCUGA